AAUUCACGAUACUACUACACUACUCACUAUAAAACAAGAAGCAAUGGAAUGUGAACGUUAACGCAAUGGAGAGAGAAAUGACGGAUUCAGUGUCCGUGGACAUGGAAACCAUCUCUCCUCCGCCCAAGGAACAUCUUAUAAGAACUCGGCAUGGUUCUGUCUCUGUUGCUGUGUAUGGAGACCAGGACAAGCCAGCACUUAUCACUUAUCCUGAUUUGGCUUUAAAUUAUGUCUCCUGCUUUCAGGGCUUAUUAUUUUGUCCGGAAGUCUAUUCACUGCUGCUUCACAAUUUCUGCAUUUAUCAUAUUAGUCCCCCUGGGCACGAGUUGGGAGCUGCUGCAAUUGAUCCAGAUGACCCAAUUCUUUCGGUUGAUGACUUAGCUGAUCAAAUAGCUGAAGUUCUUAACUUUUUUAGUCUUAGUGCAGUCAUGUGUAUGGGAGUAACUGCUGGGGCUUACAUUCUCACCUUAUUUGCUAUGAAGUAUAGAGAACGUGUUCUUGGUUUGAUACUUGUAUCUCCUCUAUGUAAAGCACCAUCUUGGACUGAAUGGUUGUACAACAAGGUCAUGUCAAAUUUACUAUACUUUUAUGGCAUGUGUGGAGUGGUAAAAGAAGUAUUGCUAAAGCGAUACUUUUGCAAGGAAGUUCGAGGCAGUGGUCAUUUGCCAGAGUCGGAUAUAGUUCAAGCAUGCCAAAGGUCAUUGGAUGAGAGGCAGAGUUUGAAUGUGUGGCGAUUCCUUGAAGCUAUUAACGGGAGAUCUGACCUAAGUGAAGGGUUGAGAAAAUUACAGUGUCGCUCACUUAUUUUUGUUGGGGAUAUGUCUCCUUUUCAUUCUGAUGCUGUCCAUAUGACUUCUAAGUUAGAUAGACGAUUCAGUGCCUUGGUGGAGGUUCAAGCUUGUGGGUCAAUGAUAACAGAGGAGCAGCCUCAUGCUAUGUUAAUACCAAUGGAGUACUUUCUCAUGGGAUAUGGCUUGUAUAGACCAUCCAAGCUAAGUGUCAGCCCAAGAAGUCCCUUGAGUCCAUCUUGCAUUUCUCCCGAGCUCUAUUCACCUGAGAGUAUGGGUUUGAAAUUGAAACCAAUUAAAACAAGGGUUUCUGUGGAAAUGUAGAAGUUGAUGAAUAAGAGUUGGCCAUUUGCUGCUCUUUCUGUUGAACAAGUGUAUAAGUCUGUGUUUAGUUGGAAAUCUGAUGGAGGAGGGGAUGCCACAUCCUUGUAGAUAUGGAGACGACGAAAGAAGAAAUCAACAGAGGAAAGAAACGGGAAGAGUUAAGUUCAAAGCAGAUAUAGUCAUUCUUUCAUUUGUAAUCAUAGA